CGAGGGCUCAGCCCUGCUUCUGCUUAUAAUUGCGCGCGCCACCAUCAUUCCCGCAGCUGUGACCGCUCCAGCGUAGUCGCUGUAACCGCUUUCUUUAUUAUUCGCCUGUCGGUAGCAUCAACAUGUGGGACGACGAGGAUAACAACCCAUACGGCUCCUUUGCCCGUCACGACUCCAAUGCCUCCGAUGUACCUGGGCUCGGCUCCCCGGGCGCAUUACCAUAUCGCCCCGCAACGCCGCCAUCCGUAGCAUCCUCUUCGCCCACCAGACAAUCUCCGCAUUACCCGACAGCAGGCAUGAGCGAUGUCAACUACAAUGAGGAAACUCAGACUGAGGAACCGGUGAUCCCCAAGAAAGGUGGCUACGACAGCCGCGUAGAGCAAUGGCUAUACGAGAAUCCUGGCUCUUCCAUACUGAUCACCUAUGCGGGGAAGAACCUGGAGGGUGGGGGAAGCUAUAUUGUCUACACGAUAAAUACCGGAGGCCUCGAGGUACGACGACGAUAUUCCGAGUUUGCUUCGCUGCGGCAGUGGCUAGUGGCCCUGCAUCCUACCCUCAUCAUACCCCCAAUACCGGAAAAGCACACGAUGGCGGAUUACGCGGCAAAGCCUACCAAGGCGAAGGAGGACACGGGCAUCAUCGAGCUCCGGAAGCGCAUGUUGGCCGUGUUCCUAAAUCGCUGCAGGAGAAUGAAGGAGGUUUUGGACGACGGCGUCUUCUGGAGAUUCCUGGACCCGAAUGCUAGCUGGAACGAAGUCAUCCAGUGUCCCCCAAUCUCGAAUAUCCCCAAGAAUAUCCUCAAAGCCCCUCCACUAAACCCCGCCAGUCCUACGCAGGCUCACAGCUACCUGCCUGUACCGUCGUCCUCCGCCAAACUGAAGACCUCAAGCGCCACGUCAACCUCCGGUACCCCCACGUCCCCGCCUGGCUACGCUGCCACCCCGUCAUCCGCCGCUCAUACAACUCCAGGCCCACAAGUUUUCGGUCGCUUCCCACCCGAAUCUAAGAAUCUAUCCGAAGAAGAGUUAGAUCCGUACUUCGUUAAUUUCGAAGCAUCGUCUAAGGAGCUGGAAACUCUGCUGCAGGGCAGCAUGGAGAAGGUCAAUCGCAGAACAUUGGCCCACUUGACUGCUUGGGGUGAUGACCUGGCAGAAUUAGGUGCUCGCUUCAACGCGUUUUCGCUAUCGGAGCAAUCACAAUCACUUGCUUCUGCAAUCGAGAAGGUUGGACAGGCCGUCGACUCGACAUAUAUUGCGACCGCGGAGUUAUCCUCGAAUCUCAGUGCGGGCUUCGCAGAACCGAUGCGCGAGAGCGCACAAUUCGCAGGUGUUGUGCGCAGCGUCCUUCGGUACCGGAUAUUGAAGCGCAUACAAGAGGAGAUGACCAGGGACGAAUUGGAAAAGAAGCGGAACUUACUCGAGUCUCUCGAGCAGAGUGAGGCUGAGGCCAGAAGGCUUGAACAACAUCUGAGCAGUUCUCAGGCCGGCUUCGGCGCCACACAGCGCGGACGCUCAGUGUCCAACAGCUCGCAGAGGAGUAGUGGGCAUGACAGACGGCGGGAGGAGGACACGGCCUCGAUCGAUUCCGAUUUCCCGCCGACGCAUGGAGAGCAACCGCCGUCGGCAUCCCAAGGGCUCCCGGAUCAGUCGCCGUCGCAUAAGAAGAGCAUGAGCGGAAACUUUGUGACUAACAAGUUGUUUGGGCCGAUAAGUCAUGCUUUUCGGGGUAUGGCGGAUGUAGAUCCGGAGAGGACGAGGAGAGACCAGAUUGGAAAGACCAGAGAAACUCUUGUGCAUCUCGAGCAAGCCCUGCAAGUGGCUGAGAAGGACACAAAGGACGCAAGUGCUGCUGUCAUGAAGGAUUUACGGAGAUUCCAAACGGAGAAGGAGAACGACCUGCGCAGAUAUAUGAUGGAGUUUGCACGGUGUCAUAUUCAUUGGGCAAAGCGAAACCAGGCCUCGUGGGAGGAGGCACAGGCCGAAGUGCGGAAUAUCCAGCCUCAGGUCGACGAGUAGAUGGGGAAUACUGCAAGCCUGGCAUAGCUGCGGUUUGGGCAUGAGGGCUUCGGAUAGUAAUAGCCAGUAGGUAUACCAGAGC